AUGCGUUUUGCAAUCACCGUCAGUUUCGCCACCUUGGCCGUCGCUUUGGCCACCAGUCAACAAGCCGAAGAUAAAGUUGCGCACAAUUCCUUGCUCGCUCGCCAGACCACUCCCAACCCUGUCAAGCCCGCAACAAAUGGAUCGGCCACCACUCCGAGUUCGAAUUCAUCGGGGACCGCUCCACCUACCCCUUCGCCUACAUCUAAGCCCACUCGUCGUGAUGUGGCUAAAAAUGAGCACAGUCUUUUCACUCGUACAAUGCCAAAUGGUGCCGCCGGCAAGCCUGAUGCCGAACCCCCUGCCGCCCCCAAGCCUUCACCUUCAGCUAAGACCACUCGUCGCGAUGUGAUUGAAAAUGAUCACAAUCUUUUCAGACGUACUGCCCCUGCCGCUGCUCCUGUUCCCGUCCCUGUCCCGGCUCCUGUCCCUGUCCCCGCCGCCCCCAAGCCUUCACCUUCAGCUAAGGCCACUCGUCGUAAUGUGAUUGCAAAUGAGCACAGUCUUUUCAGACGUACUGCCCCUGCCCCUGCCGCUGCUCCUGUUCCCGUCCCUGUCCCGGCUCCUGUUCCCGCCGCCCCCAAGCCUUCAGCUUCAGCUAAGGCCACUCGUCGCAAUGUGAUUGUAAAUGAGCACAGUCUUUAUACUCGUACUGCUCCUGCUGCUGCUCCUGGCGCUGCCCCUGCCCCUGGUGCCCCAAAGCCUUCACCUUCAGCUAAGAGCACUCGUCGUGAUGUGAUCGAAAAUGAGCACAGUCUUUUCACUCGUACUGCUCCUGCCGCUGCUCCUGCCGCUGCUCCUGCCCCUGGUGCCCCCAAGCCUUCACCUUCAGCUAAGACCACUCGUCGUCAUAUGAUUGAAAAUGAGCACAGUCUUUUCACUCGUACUGCUCCUGCCGCUGGCGCUGGCGCUGCCCCUGCCCCUGGUGCCCCCAAGCCUUCACCUUCAGCUAAGACCACUCGUCGUCAUAUGAUUGAAAAUGAGCGCAGUCUCUUCACUCGUACUGAUCCUGCCGCUGGCGCUGGCGCUGCCCCUGCUCCUGGUGCCCCCAAGCCUUCACCUUCAGCGAAGACCACUCGUCGUCAUAUGAUUGAAAAUGAGCACAGUCUGUUCACUCGUACUGCUCCUGCUGCUGCUCCUGCCGCUGCCCCUGCCCCUGGUGCCCCCAAGCCUUCACCUUCAGCUAAGACUACUCGUCGUCAUAUGAUUGAAAAUGAGCACAGUCUUUUCAGUCGUACUGCCCCUGCCCCUGCCGCUGCUCCUGUUCCCGUCCCUGUCCCGGCUCCUGUCCCUGUCCCCGCCGCCCCCAAGCCUUCACCUUCAGCUAAGGCCACUCGUCGUGAUGUGAUUGAAAAUGAGCACAGUCUUUUCACCCGUACUGCUCCUGCCGCUGCCCCUGCCGCUGCCCCUGCUCCUGGUGCCCCCAAGCCCUCACCUUCAGCUAAGACCACUCGUCGUCAUAUGAUUGAAAAUGAGCACAGUCUUUUCACACGUACUGCUCCUGCCGCUGCCCCUGCCGCUACCCCUGCUCCUGGUGCCCCCAAGCCUUCACCUUCAGCUAAGACCACUCGUCGUCAUAUGAUUGAAAAUGAGCACAGUCUUUUCACUCGUACUGCUCCUGCUGUUCCUGCUGCUGCUCCUGCCCCUGGUGCCCCCAAGCCUUCACCUUCAGCCAAGGCCACUCGUCGUAAUGUGAUUGAAAAUGAGCACAGGAUCCUUGAUCCUCAUGAGUUCGUCGAAGAAAUCUUUAGCCAGACAAGCCAUGAUCACCUAGUGACUGAAACUCAUGAAGAUCUUUCCGCGUGCGAUAACCCCCUUCUAGACUUUAUGGCUGGUUCCAGCCUUCUAGGAAUUAUUUUUGUUUUCUUGGUCUAUGUCUACGGAAUAUGUCAUGAAGCAAAGUGUGGUACACAUUAUGGAGUCACAGAAGGUUUCUUCUCUCGAGUCGGUCUACGCGAUAAGUGGAAAGUUUUUUGGAGUAUCAUUUCUUCAAGACAUGUUUAUAAAGGUAAUCUCUGGCUGAUUUCAACCAGCGUUCGAGAACCACUUUUCAACGGCCGUGGAAAGCCUGCUAGGACUUCGUAG